UCGAUGAUCGAUCAUCCAAUAGUUUUUCGUUUGCAUUAAAAAUACUUACGCUAUGCAAUUUGCAAAUAUUUAAAUCGUUAAUUUACGAUAUCCUUAACAAUCCUCAUUUUCCACCUUUCUCCAUAAUAUAUUUUAUUAAUCGAUGUCAAAUCAUACAAAAGUGUUUCCUACGUUUUCAACAGUUCUUUUUAUUUAAUUCACGGAGUACAUACAUACAUGUAUAUAUAUAUAUAUAUAUAUAUAUAUAUAUACACGCGCGCGCGCACGUAUGAAAGAAUAAUUAAGCUUUCGUUAAAUAAAAGCAUGUUAAUAUCAAAAUCAUUGUUACUCCAAUUUAAUAUCCUGAAUAGUGAAAAUAUGUCGUGAGAUAAGUUAUUCAUUUGAUUGCACUGACACGGCUAUAAUGACAAUGGCGUACGUAUCGAAUGGAGUACGUCUUAUCGAGAAGUGAUAUCGGUGAAUUAAGUGUUUUGAUACAAAAAAGUGUCGUUGAUGCGCAUAUAAUUCGAAAUAAUAACAAAUACUUUAUCAAAAGUAGUUUUAUUUUAAUAAAAGAAAGACGUACUUUUUAUUUAUUAAGCAUGAUCAUAUGAUGUUAAUGCUAACGCAUUACUGUUUGCGGCAUCGUUUGUUAAUGCAAAGCAUUUCAAGAAUUACAUAAAAGUAUUGGUAUUUAUGAAGAUAAAGUGUAAUUGAAAAAGAAAAAAAAUCAAAUAUGGCCAGUCUUGUUUCUUCAAAUAUUGAAUUUUAUCAAUUAUCUAUAGGUGUGAAUCAUUGCAGUAUUGUGCCAAGUCGAUCAUUUCAUUAAAAAGAAUUUCUUUAAAAAAUAUUUCACACUAGGAGUCUCCUCCCAUGGGAUAGCUGUAUUUAAUUUCGAUAUCUCAAGAAUUAAAGAUGAUCGGCCGACGUUGUGCUCUACUUGCCCUAGGCGCCCUUUUGAUUCUUGUGAUUACUGCAAACAUUUAUUUUAUUCGUAUAAUCGUAGAGAAUUCUUCACAAAAGUCGCAAUUCAAAAAUUUACCUUUGAUCGAGGAAAAUUAUCUUCUAGGGCAUUCUGCGUCGUCUUUGCGCAGAAAUGAGAAUGGCAGAAAUUUGCAAAAAUCCGUCGGUCAAGGUAUCAACGAAAGAAUUAAAGAGGAGAUAGAAAUAUUACCUUCAAAGUAUUUUAAACAAAAUACGAGUUAUUUGAUCGUACUCGAACGGCUAUUGUCCGAAUUGAAGGUUAUGAACAAUGCGCACGAGGAUAUAUGGAGUAUCCCUAAUAACAAUUGGCCUGAUGCUCACCAGUUAAUUCCGCCAUCGGCUCCAGAAUUAGGGACUAUACUCGAUGCUUUAAGGAAAGCAAAGGUAAAACAUGCCGACAAUGCUGUCCUUGGUACACAAUUGAAACUUAUGCUGACAUUGGAGAAUGGUGCAAAAGCUGUAUUUAAACCGCAAUGGUACUCUAGAGAUACUGUUAUUCGUGGACCGGUUUAUUAUGGAAAAGAUCGUCAUAAUGCAGAAAUCGUGGCAUUUCAUUUAUCUUCGUUACUUGCUUUACGAAGGGUACCCCUAGCCGUUAUUCGAAAACUUGAUCUUAACAAUGAGAUUCGCAAGCAUGCAACACCGGAAUUAUAUACUACUAUGUAUCAGGAGGGUAAUGAUACGUGCUUGUAUGGUGUUUGUCAUUACUGUUCUUCCACCGAUCCAGUUUGUGGGAUAGGAGAUGUCUUAGAAGGUGCAUUGAUAUUUUGGUUACCACGUUACUUGCAUCUCGUAAAACAUCGACAUCCAUGGCAGAGAACGUAUAAGAAAAAAAAGCUUGCACCAUGGGAGAUUGAUGAUAAUUAUUGCGAGAAGGUCAAAGAAUCUAAAGCAUACUCACCACAAUUUUCAAGUAGGCUAUUGGAUCUAAUAGAUACAGCAGUUUUUGACUUUUUAAUGGAUAAUGGUGAUCGGCAUCAUUAUGAAUUAGCGCAAAACAAUUUUCACAAUCCUGCUGUAUUAUUGAUAGACAAUGGGAAGAGUCUUGGUAAUCCGGACAUUGAUCAUCUUGACAUUUUAGCACCGCUUUAUCAGUGUUGCAUAAUACAUAAAACUACAUGGGAUCGUUUAAAGAUGUUCACUGGUGGUACUCUGAGUUUGUCAUUGGAAAAGCUUAUUGCUCGUGAGACGAUAAUGGCCGAUGUUCUUCCGCUUAUUUCAGAUGCACAUCUUAGUGCUAUGGAUAGAAGGCUUCUUACCAUUUAUGCUGUCGUUGAAUACUGUGUAAAGAAUAAGAGAUAUGUUUCUAAUGUAAUUCUAGAUCAUCGGUAGUAUGAACUAAGAAAUAACAUGUAAUAUAAAUUAAUUAUCUGAUUAAUUACUUAUGAUAUUAGAGUUUGAUUUGAAAUAGUAGAAGAAUCUUGCAGCAGCUAUGUAUAAUAAAUUUGAUAGUUAUGCACACACACACACACACACACACACACACACACACACACACACACACACACACACACACACACACAC